AUGGAUCGCCCACCAAGUGCAGCUCGCAGACGUACUCUAGACUUCCCCUCCAGACCGGAGGCAGGGUUGGCUGAGUGGACACAUAAGAUCAAAGCGUUGCAAAGACAGGUGGAUGAAGAUGAGGAGGAAGAGCAUAAGCGGCUAGAACAGGAGAUCCAAGCGUCCAGGCUUGCUCGCCUCCGGAGGAGCGCAGGACAAAGCACGGCUGUCGAUCUUGCCAAUACUGAGUACGGUCAAGCAUUGAAGUCCGACGAAGUAAAUGAGUCAAACAGAAUGGGCUUGGACAGGCAACAGAAUCAGGUCGACGCUUUGCGGAAGCUUACUGGCGAGAUACGAUCGACGACAACAGCGACGCCCCCUCGUGCAGGUGCCCCCGCAACACCAGUGUCCUUGGCAGCCUUUAUUGGUGGACGCGCGACUGGCCCUCGACUAACCAAACAUGCGCCUCAGCAAGAUGCGCACGACCCUACUCAGUUUGAGCAGCGUACUCAUGUAACUGCGCCUCAUCCUAUAUUUGGCCGUGGAGGAGUUGCAAUGCCUGGUCUAGCAGGCAGAGGAGUCUCUUCUGCAUCGUCGACGCCACUUCCACAGGAAAAGAACAAACCGACUUCUGUUUCGACUCACACUAUUGGACGAGACCGCACACUGAGCACGCCGCAUUAUGACGCAAACAGAGGACCAAUUUCGACCUCUUCGACACCUGUCCAAGAUGACCGAGAGAAACUGGUUUCUGUUGCGAACCAUGUCACAGGGCGAGAUCGCAGGCAGAGCACACCGUCGGUUGCCAAAGCUUAUUUGCAGAAGGUUGAACGGGAAACCAUCGUUACCCAACAGACGGGUAUCUCGGAGACGGCACGAAAGCGCACUAUAAGCACGCCUACCGGCGUUGUACCCACGAAGAGCACUACAUUCACUACACCAAAGGCGUCCAUUGAUGAUUAUUCAAAGGCUCCCUCUCUAUCGUCGAACCUUCGGCCUACUACCCCCGGUUUGGAUCGCCAGGCUUCGAUGAAUCUACGUAUGCCGCCACCUGUUUCGGUCUCACCAAGCCCUCUCAUACAAUCCUCUCUGUCAAGUCCUCCUCCCCCUUCUCCGACACCUUCAUCAUCGUCCAAGACAUCGGUCACUAUGUCGUCCCUUUCACGCCCCGUUCAGCCCUCACCGCGACACUCUCUUGGCCCGCAACUCGCAACUUCUCCGAAUCCAUCGUUCGCAUUUUUGCGUCCGCCUCCGGCAAAGGAUCCAACGCCCAGUAUCAGUCGCUUACAGGGACGUGGCUUUGUGAAGAGUAUGGUUCAAGCUAGUGGCCAGUUUUCCGCCGAAUCACCCAGCACGCCUCCCUUGCCCGACAAGAGGGAUUCUGGAAGCAAGAAGCAACCAUCUGUCUUGGACCGAUGGCAGAAUAGCUCGCCGGGAAGCCCGAGUCCAUCCCCACCCAUUAUCUCACCGAAGCCCGUUGCCAUGCGUAAGUCGCGCACAGUCGACCCAACUGUCUCAACGCCCGAAUUUACGCCACCGAGAUUGGUAAAGCCGGAUUAUACUGGCCGGUCACUCAAGUCUGUCGCAUCGUUGCCCUCCAUGCAACAAGCAGACGCACGAUCAUCGGCGGGCAGUGAUGUCGGCAAGGAUGGUCGCCGCACACCCGGCCUUGGCUCGUCGAAGACAAUGAUCUCAUAUAUUAAGCCGAUCAAGACAGGCGAUCGGCCUCCAACAGCGUCGCCACCUCCGCGCAGUCGCGCCACGUCGCCGUCGGGAGAUGUUGAUGAGCUUGGGAUGCGGCUCACCAAGGACAGAGCGAAGAAACCACGGAAGCAAAAGACUGCACCGGACUCGGUCAAGAGGUCUCAGACUAACACGAGUUCCUCUGCGAAUGGAGACAGAGUGCACGUUCCGCACAUGGAGAUUGUGUCGCUAUCGGAACUCAUUACGACUGCUGAAGUCCCAGAGACCCUCGUCCGUUUUCCUACUUCGUCAGUACCUUGUUCUGGUGACAAGCCUGCAUUGAGCGCGAAACCGGCGUCCCCGUUGAAACAUGGCUUCGACGACGAUUUCACACCACUUGUUCUGGAGAAAUCAUCGUGGCUCCCCAAUGUGCUUAUACCACCUGCUGCCUCUGCUGACGACUCUGGUGCAGAAGGAAGAAGCGCAAAUCGCGGCCUGACGCCGUCCCCCACAUCUCCUGCUCUCGCGAGGGACAAGGCCUCCGCAUCACCUGUUCGCCAUGUCCGCAUCCCGAGCACCGGAAAUAGGGCAACUGUUAUGGACGUGGCUCAGGCGUUCCAAGAGCAGAGCGGGCGCGAGCCUUCUCCGAUAGAUGCAUCACCCGUGCGGACUAGCCUUCCCAAGCCUACAGAUGAACGGGACAAAGCGACGGAUGAGGAUUACCCCAGACCGGACGUGAAGACUUUGUUGGCAAAUUGGGAACCGAAGAAUGACCCUGUGCGACCGGAUAGUUCACCGGUGGACAAGCGAAAGUCUAGCUAUGAUAAAUAUUCUGCUUUUGUGAUGCCUCCCCUUGAAGAGGAGAGAACGCCCCCGUCGUCCCCUUCGGGGACAUUAGCGCGGAGUGCCAUCCCGGUCGCGGUAUCUGAUAAUGUAAAGCCUACUUUUGUUUCGCCUAUCACCUCAUCCCAGGAUAUCGGCGGCGGACAACCGACUGCUGCAGUUGCUAAGGCGGAAUUUAUAUAUAUUGAUCAUUCUAACGACUCCCCUCCCCCAGUCGAUAUCUCUGAGCUUCUGACUUCCUCGCACGAGUCCGUUAUCUCCAGCGCCGACGUACAGACGAUAUCUGUGGAUGUCAUGUGCAUUACUGGCAGCACCGCGAGUUCGGUUUCUCAAUACUUGCAUGUCUUCUACGACACUGAGGUUCUUGCUAUUGUCUACCGGGCGAAGUCGCGUACAACAGGGCUUGUGGACACAACGGUGUGGGGUUGGCGCGGGAGGCGGAGUAAUAUGGGCGAGAGGGAGGAGAGGAAGCUUGGCGAAUUGGCAAGGCGUUAUGGCACCGCUCUGAUCACGGUGCAUCAGUACUGCGAACCUGAGAACUUGGCCGCUGUGCUCGGCGGCCGCAUUAUCACGCGCCAGGGCUCACGUGCGCAUUGGUCGGCCGAGAACACUGCCAUGCACAUCGUACGCUCAAUUGGCCGAACGGUCUUCGUCGACGAGCUAGAUUUGAGCAUCAAGAAUCUCUGUUCCGCUUUUAGCUACUGCCUCUCCCUUCUUGACACCUUGUACAUUUGGCAUGGGGUUGGCUCUUCAGAAUCCGAACGUGCCGUUGCACGCGAGUAUGUCGCGACCAUCACCGUCCCAUCGUCUACUGUCAUAGAGCUGAAGGAGGGAGAGAACGACGGAGACGAGAUGUUCUGGAUGAUACUCGGUGAUGGGGAUUAUGCCAGGGCAGAUUAUUGGAAGUGGAGACCCAGUCUGUCCCCUGAAAGCAUGAUCACAAGAAUUUGGUGUGUGACUACACAGAAGACGGAAGAUACGAUAAUUUCUGUCCCGUCGUUCAUAACUCACAGUGCAAUACACGCCAUGGUUCACAUCAUCGACUGCGUCUGGGAGUUCUUCGUUCUUGUUGGGAGCGACGCACGGGGAAAGAGACGAGAUAUUCGACUGGCCCUUGACGCAGCUGUUAAAAUGUCGGAGAUGGUCGCGCCACUAAGACCUUUUGCUCCUCCCGUACACAUUCUAAUCUUGCCGUCGCAAGUCCCGGCUGAUUUGCGAUUGACCUGCCGGGGUUUGGACGAAGUUUCUCUGAAUCAUGGAAUUGUCCCUGACCAUAUGAAUCUGAUUCCGGUAGGAGAGGCGUAUGAACACAUGGGAACAACCGCGUGGGAGAAGGCUGCCGUCAGGGACCCAACCAUGCUUCCUCUUGGCGUUCACGCAUCGGAUCUGAAGUGA